UUCGCUUUUAAGCUCGAUCAUCUACACCAACACCAACCAUUCAAACAGGUAAAGGUGCGCUGAGCGUUUCCGCCUCGAGACACACAGGUGAGCACUGUGUCCUGGAGCACCGCUGCCAUGGCCGAGUCUCAGUUGGUGUGCAUGGACGAUGAACACGUUAAUGUGAAGAUACCGGAAUCCAAACCGGAAUUUUAUUACAGCGAGGAGCAGCGGGCCGCGCUCGAGCAGCUCUUGAAGAACGGCGAUGGCGCUUUUAAGAUGCGUCUCAAAGACGAUAACGUUAAGGACUUUCUUUCCGCCAGGGAAAUCAAAUGGAUGCGGGACACCUUCCAGGAAUAUAACAGUGACUCAGACACAUGUUGCUCGCGGUCGCCCCAUGAUACGAGUGAAGACUCGGGUGUUCACUCUACAUACUGGCCGACCAUGUCUGACACCGAGAUCCCUCCGCUGGACAUCGGUUGGCCCAGCAGCGGUCAUUACAAAGGGGUGACUCGGGUGUCUGUUUACACCCACCCACCCAAAACGAACAGUCCGCAUAUUAAAGAAGUGGUGCGUAGACUCAUUCAAGAAUCUACAAAGUUGAUUGCAGUGGUCAUGGACCUGUUGACAGACCUGUUGAUCCUGCAGGAUCUCUUUGAUGCUGCAAGUAAGAGAGGGGUGGCUGUAUACUUACUGCUGGAGGAGCAUGGCUUGCCACACUUCCUGGACAUGAGCAGCAGACUGCAGAUUUCUGCACAACAUCUGAGGAACCUGCGGGUGCAAACUGUGAGAGGCUCUGGGUUGGAUCUGUCUUUUGGUCGUCUUCCAGGAUCGCUGUGCUCAAAGUAUAUGUUAGUAGAUGGAGAGAAAGUGAUGUCUGGAUCAUACAGCUUUACAUGGAGCGCCUCCAGAAUGAACCGUAACACAAUCACUGUAAUGUCAGGACAAGUUGUUGACUUCUUCGACAAUGACUUCAGAGAGCUGUAUGCUGUGUCUGAUAAAGUGGAUCUAUACCGUGAGUUUCACAUCACUAAGCCAACCCUGAUAGUUCCUGUGCUGAAAACGCCAGCAGAACCCAUUAGACGUGCACUUCCUGUGCCCACAUCUCGCUUCCAAGUUUCUCUAGAGGGCACCAAACAGACUGACCUAAAGGUUCCUGCACAUAAAUACCACAAUCCUAAGUACUCUUUGGUUGUUGGCAACAGUCUAGGCAUGACUGGUUCCCUGCAGGAUCUUUCAACGCUUAGGGACUGUGUUGAUCAAGGCACUGUGAAUAACAUGGAAAAAUUAAUCUGCACCAAUGGGGACAGUAUACGUCCGCUGUCCCCAGAUGGGACCGAGGACAGUAAAUGUAAUGGGAAGAAACUUUCACCUUUUGGUUCUAAAAAGCGUUCUUCGUUCCGAAGUUUCCUAAAAGGCAGGGCAAACAACCAGAGUCCAGACUCAAACACAACCUAUCACAGCCCAGUCUCUAAAACAACUACUCAAAGCACAGAUCCAGUACAGAUCAAUCAUAAUAAAAACACUAAGGUAACCAAUAAUUCCAUGGAAGCAUCUUGGUUGACCAGACAUAUCAGAGAAGAGGAUGCAUCCAAACAUAUUACUCCCACACCCACUCACAAGAUCUCAGAGACUGACAGCACUAGUGAACUCGAGGACACUUUUGAGAUAAUAGAGAGUCCACCAGUGGUGAAGUUUAAAGGCAAAAAGGGCAAAAUGGGUCAGAGGAGUAUUUCUCUUCAGGCUAUUUCCACAGACGGCGAGGAUGGCCUGAGAGGACGGAGGCGUCACCAAAAGAAGACAUGUAUUCAGUCCUGAGGUUUCAUUAUCAGCGAGAGGAUUCAACAUAAGCAUGUGCUUACAAAUAAGGACUUCAGACACCAGAACAGGUUGAACAGGAAAAUUAAAGGGAUAGGUCACCCCAGACAUAAAAAUUUCUCACACGUUGUUCCAAAUCUGUAUGACAUUCUUUCUUCCAUGAAAUAGAAAAUGUUUGGCAGAACAGCCUCUGUCACCUUUUAUUUUCAUGGUGUAUGUACUGUAUAUAUCUUUGGUUGAACUUGAUUCAAUCAUGGACAGUGGUUCCUCGUGACUGAGAUUAGUUUUAUUAACUUAUAAUUUUUAUGUAAUCUCAACACCUAACACUUUAUAUAGAUAGAACCUAAUUGAAUUAGGUAAACCCAACAAAAUUAGACGUGUCAGUGUAACUCAAAUAAAUCUCUUGUUUGAAGCACUACAGUGCUGUUUAGAAACGAUGCUAUGGUUAGAUUAGAUUAGCCUUUAUUGUCUCCCUUAGGAGAAAUUUGUCUUGGGAAUUCGAGAAAACACAGUCAACAUAGCAUCACACUUACAAAUAAACUACAAUUAUCAUGCAUUUACACAUCAGAUAUAGCACAAAGCCUUAUAACAUACGAUAUACCAUACUAUUGCACAGAUGCCUUACACCUAAAUAUUGCACAAAUGCCCUAUACCUAAGUAUUGUACUUUGGAUGCGUUACCACUAGGCGGGAUGUAUACAGCCAAAUGAAAAUAUUCCCAUAGUCUCUGGGUAGGUAAAAAGGUCUUUGACUUAAACAUUUGAGUUCAAGGUCAGGAGUACAUACAGAGUCUUUUAUUGAGUAAUUCCUGCAUCAAUUAUCCUUAAUAAAAACACAAAUGCCACCUCCAUUCGUUUUCCCUGAGUUAUUAUUUCUGUCCGUACGAACAUUUGUGAAGCCUUGUACAUGAAUCAAUGAGUCCGGGAAGUCUCCUUGAAGCCGGUUCUCUGUAGACAAUGAGGCAUGACUCACGGUAUUCAUUGCAGGCUCUUGUGUUCAGGUGCAACUCUUCCAUCUUGUUCCCAAAGGAGUGAGCAUUGCUGAAGCAUCUUCAGUGUUGUUGCAUCAUGGCUUGUUGCAUCUUCGGUGUUGUUGAAUGCUGCCCCUUCUCCCUCAUUUCUGUGGCUGACUGCCUCCAUGCCAUCGCAACUACUCCUCUGGAACUGUCUAGCAGAUCCAGUUCUGGUACUGCUGUUUGCUGUGAAGGACAACAGCAGUUCUCUGCCACAACCCCGUAGCACCUGGUCACUUUCCCUGGUAAACACGGUGGCAGAGUUGUAUUGCAUGCAAACACUGGAUGCAAUCAGUGCCAGCAACAACAUCACUCCAACAGUCUUCUUCCCCAUAAUGUUAUUUUCUUACUUUUGACUUCAUCACCCUUAACAAACUUAACAUACAUAGAGAAGAGAUGGUGAGAGACUUUAUAUACUGCUUAAUGUCUCCUUUUGUCUUCCAUGGAUGAAAGAAGUCAUACAAGUUUGAAACAACAUGACGGUGAGUAAAUUAUACAUUUUUGAGCAAAUUAUCCCUUUAAAAAUAUACUAUACCUUUUUAAAAGAGGAGAUUUGUCUCAUUAUUUUCACCUGUGUAAACAAGAUGGGAAAAGUAAUUAUCCCUAAAAUAAUAUUGACUCAGUCAGCUGAAACUCCUAUUGGUGCUGAAUUUUAAGAGGAAUGUGAAGUUGUUACAACAACCUCCAGAAUGCUGACAUUACAAGAAGCUGGUCUCAAAUAAAUGACUGAAAUAUAGUGCUCACACAGAGAUCAUGUGACUUCCUGUCAUGAGUUAUAAAGAUAAUUAUUGCAGAGAGCUCAGUAUGUAAGUGUUUCAAAAUGUGAACAUGUUAGCUUUUUUCCCCCUCUGAAUGUCAAAAAUAUUUCCUGUUCAGUAGAUACUUGAUCUUUGCUCUACAUAACCUCCCUGUCUAAAUCAGUUCCACUAACAUCUGUGGCACCCACAGAGGGAUAAAGAAGUGAGGAAAAAGGGUAAAGCUGACAGAAAAUAGUUACCGUGCAGCUUGUUUGUACAACAAAUUGAAAGAAUUCAACCCAGCUAUGUAAAACCCAUGCUACUAUAUCUUCAUGGGAUGAUUUUAACACGUGUUAUUUAUAUAUAGAUAGAUAGAUAGAUAGAUUAGGGCUGUCAAUCGAUUAAAAUGUUUUAUCAAAUUAAUUACAUGGUGUCCCGAUUGCAUUUUAAUUGUCGGAAAUGAAACAAAAUCGAGUCGCACUUAAAGAUGAAAAAAUUGUUUCAUUGACCAAUGAAAUUGUCAAAAUUGUUUAUUGGAGUCUUCAUUGGGUAAUCUAUUUGUAGGAUGAUUUUACAUAAAAGUGUAAAACUGUGGCGGAAUCAAAACAUUCCUGUUUGUUUGAGCAGCCACAUUGGUUUGAUCAAUGGUGUGAGUUCAGGGCGGGACUAAAUGUUUAAACAACCAAUGGAAAGUAGUUCCAAGAGUUUUCUGGAAUUUGUUUGAAAACAGAUUUUUUUUUUCAUGAUGUUAGUAGUGCUGAAAUUACACACUUUAUGUCCAAAAAUAAUUGACUUGAGACUUGACUUAAAAUCGUAAACAAAUGACUUGUGACUUAAAGCUAUAGUAUGUCAUUUCUUCACUAGCACCUAUGAAAGGAAUUAAGAGGAAUCAAUGUUUUAAAAACAGCUUUCUGAAUAUGCACCUUGUCUGCAGUCGUUCAAACAGUCAGAUAGUCCCGCCCCCAACCGUGGUCAUUGGCUAAGUAACAUUGUUGAGUGGAGUCUAAGCGGGUCAUCAAAAUACACACAUACAUUUGUAUAGCGCCACAGAGACACAGUGUUUACAGUUUUCAAGAAAAUUAACCUAUGAAUGUCUUAUAGUCUCUGCAAAUUAAAUGGAAGUCUCUUGUGCAAUUUAAUGAGAAUGUGCAGUCAUUUGAGCCUGUUUCCCACAGCAGUGUUUCAGCACGAUGACAACAACUGAUUUAAUGUUGUAAGAUUUUAAGACAUGAACAACCGGACUGCACACAAGCACACUGCCUCUUUUUUUAGACUUGUCUUGGACUUGUUACAAAAUACUUUGCAUCUUAAUUUGAUUUGUACUAUUCUGUACUGUUUCUUUAAAGAAUGUAUGACAAAUGUUUAUUUUUUUUAGAUCAUGA